UGGUGACACAAUCAAAAUAGACACUUUCAUUUACGUACGUGGAUAUCGGGAAGCGAUCGGGAAAACUAGUGCUCAACUAAAGACCGAUUUUCCGUUCUAUUGCGCGUACUUUGUACACAAAAUUAUGUUAAUUGAUUAAAAGUGCAUUUGUCAUUGUGUAGUGUGCUCCUUGAGAAGUGUGGGAUUGACCGGUAAAUAGCAACAGGAGAACAGAAGUUACUUUUUUGAGGCGUAAAGCAACGUUGGGUGACGCAAACCAACUAAAAGCAUGAAUCCGCAACUGGCGUAUGGGCAGUAUCCGCCGCAAAGCUGGCCACAACCACAAGUUGCCCCACAGGCGGGAGGACCCCCACCAGUGGCGAUGCCAAGCAUGAAUGGAACACAACCCAAUAAUCAACUGGCCAACCAGAUGCAGAAUAUGUCUAUAGCGGGCCCUCCGCUACCUCAACAGGGUCCUCCGAAAAUGGGUGUGCCGAAUGUGAAUGGUCCAACUGUAGGAGCGCCACCACCGUCGAGUUUUCCUUCGAACCAACAGCCUCCUAUGGUACGGCCACCUUCGACCGGCGGUCAAGUACCGGGCGGAUAUGCCCCGCCACCAGCUCAACAACAACCACCACAACCAGGGCCGCCUAUGAUGAGCAAUGGACCGGCAGGGCCACCUCCGCCCGGUGCUGUUAGACCUCCGGCACCAACACCUGGAGCAUAUGGUCAAACAAAUGGCCAACAAAUGGCUCCUCCCAGUCAGCAGUUUGGAGGCUCGGUGCCACCAAUGUCAGGGCCACCACGUCCUGGACAACCCUAUCCACCUCAGUCAGCCGGUUUUCAGCAACAGCAGCCUGGUGGAGCUCCGCCACCGCAAACACAGCCCGGUGGCCCGUACGGAGCACCCCCUGGAGGUGUUUCGGCGGCCCAGCCACAGCAACAAUUCCCCGGACCACCGAUGCCGGGACAGCCAAUGCCGCCACAGCAGCAACAGCAGCAGCAGCAGCAGCAGCCACCCCAAGGUUAUCCUCCACAGAUGUCGGGACAGAUGCCCCCGAUGGGUGGUCAAAUGCCUCCUAGAGGUUAUAAUCAAAUGCCGCCUGCAGCGGGAUAUAAUCAGAUGGCUCCAAUGACCGGUCAGCCCCAGCCGCAACAGCACCAGCAGCAGCAACAGCAGCAUCCGCUUCAUCAACACCAACAGCCACAGUACCAUCAGGGAGGGCCAGGCAUGAUGGGAGGUCACUAUCCUGCACCUCCACCGGUGCCACAGCAGAAGCGCCUCGAUCCAGAAUCCAUGCCCAAUCCCAUCCAGGUGAUGGCCGAGAAUCAGGAAAGCUGUGGUGGGAUUUUCGCCACCAGCCAGCCCGGGCAACUGCCGCCGCUCGUGACGACCCAGUUCGUUACCCAGGACCAGGGCAACGCAAACCCGCGCUUUGUCCGUUCGACGAUGUACAACAUUCCGCAAACGGCUGACAUGAUGAAGCAAAGUGCUGUCCCGUUUGCGCUCAUUAUCUCCCCAUUCGCACGCCAGGCCGAGGGUGAGCUACCGAUACCGAUCGUGGACUUUGGUGAGAUGGGUCCAAUCCGGUGCAUCCGCUGCAAAGCGUACAUCUGCUCGACGAUGCAGUUCCUGGACGGUGGUCGCCGGUUCCAGUGUCAAUUCUGCAAGGCAACGACCGAGGUGCCCCCGGGUUACUUCCAGCACCUCGAUCACACGGGUCAGCGGAUGGAUAAGUACGAGCGGCCGGAGCUAAUGCUCGGAACGUACGAGUUUGUCGCGACAAAGGAAUACUGUCGCAACAAUAAACCACCGAAACCACCAGCCAUGGUGUUUCUGAUCGACGUGUCGUACAACAACGUCAAGUCCGGGCUGGUGCAGUUGCUGUGUGCGGAGAUGAAGCACAUCAUCCGCAACCUGCCGGUCGAUGUGAACGCGCAGCGUACAUCGAUGAAGGUCGGCUUUAUCACGUACAACAGCUCGGUGCACUUUUACAAUCUGAAAAGUUCGCUCGCCCAGCCCCAGAUGAUGGUGGUGGGUGAUUUGCAGGAGAUGUUCAUGCCGCUGCUCGACGGAUUCCUGGUCGAUCCGGAAGAAUCGGCCACCGUGAUCGAUGCACUGAUGGACCAAAUCCCUAAGAUGUUUGGUGAUACGCGCGAAACGGAAACAAUUCUGCUGCCCGCGCUGCAAGCCGGUCUCGAGGCGCUAAAAGCGUCCGAAUGCGUUGGCAAGCUGUACGUGUUCCAUUCGUCGCUACCGAAUGCGGAAGCUCCCGGCAAGCUGAAGAUACGCGACGACCGUAAACUGCUCGGUACGGAUAAGGAAAAAACGGUUCUCACGCCGCAAUCGACGGUGUACAAUAUGCUGGCGCAGGAUUGCGUUGGUGCCGGCGUUUCGGUGGAUUUGUUUGCGUUCAACAAUGCGUACAUCGAUCUGGCUACGAUCGGACAGGUUGCGCGGUUGACUGGUGGCGAAGUCUACAAAUACACCUAUUUCCAGGCGGACAUCGAUGGUAGGCGGAUGGUGAACGAUCUGUUGAAAAACAUUUCUCGCCCGAUCGCAUUCGAUGCGGUGAUGCGCGUGCGUACCUCCACCGGUGUGCGUGCCACCGACUUUUACGGUCACUUCUUUAUGACCAACACGAAGGACAUUGAGAUUGCCAGCAUUGACUGCGACAAGUCCGUUUCGGUAGAAAUCAAGCACGACGAUAAGCUGACGGACGAGUUGGUAUUCAUUCAGGUAGCCCUACUGUACACCUCGUGCUCGGGCGUCCGCCGGCUACGCGUACACAACCUGACGCUCAAGAUGUGCACCUCGCUGUUGGAUUUGUUCCGCUGCUGCGACCUCGACACAACGCUGCUGUACUUUGCCAAGCAGGGUCUCACCAAGCUGAUGGACAACAAUCCGAAGGCGGUGAAGGAUGCGAUCGUGCACCGGGCGGUACAGCUGCUCGCCUGCUACCGGAAGCAUUGCGCUUCGCCGACCUCGUCGGGGCAGUUAAUUUUGCCCGAGGGUAUGAAACUGUUGCCACUGUACGUGAACUGCCUGCUGAAGAAUGACGCAUUCUCGGGCGGUUCGGACAUUUCAAUCGAUGAUCGUUCGUACGUCAUCUACUACGUGAUGACGAUGGAUCUGCCCACCUCGGUGCACUAUUUCUAUCCGCGCUUGAUCCCGUUGCACGACGUGAAUGUCGAGGCUGAUACCGUCCCAGCGGCCAUUCGUUGUACCGGCGAUAAGAUGCACGAGGACGGUGCUUACAUUUUGGAAAACGGUGUUCAUAUGUUCUUGUGGCUAGGAUUGUCACUGUCGCCCGAGUUCACGCAGUCGGUGUUCGGUGCGCAGUGCACCCAGCAGAUUGACACCGAUCGUACGGGUUUGCCAGUAUUUGAUAAUCCUCUCUCCAAGCGUGUACGGGGUAUUGUAGAAAAAAUACAAAACCAGAAGCGUCGCUGCAUGCGUCUAACGCUUGUAAAGCAACGCGACAAGCUGGAAAGUGUGCUGCGCCACUUUUUGGUUGAGGAUCGUGGCACCAGCGAUGGGUCCGUCAGUUACGUAGACUUCCUCUGCCACGUGCACAAAGAGAUUCGGCAAAUGUUGAGCUAGCUGGCCAACACCACCACCACCCGCAGCGGCAAUAUAGCAAGCAGUUUUUUCUCCGGAGGAAGGUUUAGAUUUAAUAACAACUGCAAUGGCAAUGGCAACGGUAGCAACACAACCGUUACAGCUACAUCUACUAUUAAUGCUACUUACAAUACUACACGCAACACUGCUGCUACCAUGGCCAGCUGUAUCCAUCCCGGCAGUGAACGUUCGAAGGAUGCAGCAAAUGGCAAUGCAUCCAUGGAUGUGCACGGCAGAAAGGAUCCACUCACUACUGCUGGGCCGGAACAGCAGCAGCAACAUAACCGGUCAAUGGCGGGCACGUGCUGUACGGUGCCACCGAACAGUCGUUCAAAAUUUAUGAGUACAACACGCUGCGAUGGGUACGUCGGGAGUCGCAUCGCGUCCCGCUACGACGAGGAUGAGGAGGAGGAGGACGACGAGGGCGGCGGUGAGGAGGUGGAUCCCGACGGUACCAUACCGGAGGAAGACGAAGAGCUGGAAGAGCAGGAAAGCAAUGCGGUAAAUUACCAUCCAGUGUGGCACCAUCGGAGGAGCCCUACUGUUAUCGCUCCAAGAGAGGAAGUUCGCGGCAGCGUUUCGCAGAAUCGCACCCGUGCCAAUCGUUAUCGGCGCGCCUUCGGUGGCAGAUGGUAGAGGGUAUAAGUCCGUCGUUCGUUCCGAGCGCGAUCAUCAGCCGGUGAGAAAAGGGGUUUGGUGUUUUGUAUUGAGUACUUCUUCUUCAUAAAUUAGUUACCUCUACGGCUUUGUUUGUUAAUACUUUUUCGCAGUUUUAGAACAAUCAGAUUUAUUUGCUCGGUCUUAUGUUGGUGCCUCAGGUUCACGCUUCUUCCAUCUGGCCUUUUGCAUCCUUUUGUUAUAUUUAAUUAUGUUUUUAGUCCCACGGGGUGGUAUUAUCAUAGGGAUGCAAUUUGAUUUAAUCAUUAUUAUUCAAAACGAACGCCAUCAUAUAAUGGGCUACAAUUGCAUGCAGAAUAGCGAUCGAUCGGUUGAUGAAGAUGCAUGGCCGCCACGUUUACCAUCAGCAGCUGUUGGCCACCCCCCAAAAAAGGCUAUACUUUCGGAAAGGUGCACACAGACACACGUGUAACGAUUGUAUGUUGAUAUCACUUUAUGAAUCCAAUGGUAUAUUAUAAAUAGCGAAAUAUAUAUACAAUUAUCUCUUUAACUGAA